AUGGAGAACCCGAUGUUAGCGGCGGUGAUCAAUAACCUGCCCCACCUCCUGGACAACCCCGACCUCGUACAGCGCGUCCUCGACGGCGCCCGUGCAGACCUCCACCUGAACGGCCUCCACCUCGCCGAGGCGGCGGCCCAACUCAGAGACUGCUUGCGCGCCGAGGGCCGACUCCGGACCCUCCCCGAGCCCACGGAGGAGCAACGGAUCGCGUGCGCGAUGCUCGUCGAUGCGGGCAGGGCCAGCUAUCGUUUCUUCUUGAAGCAGCACUGGCUGCUCGGCCAGCUCGUCGGUCUGGCUGCACAUUGUUUAAUUGAUGUUUGUCAAGUUCAUUUUUAUCGUCACGUUACUUGCUCUGCUGACAUGGUGACACAGAGGUCUGAUAUCCUGAGACAUGCUAACUCCUGA